AUGACGAUCGAGAAUGGCUACUGCUCGGAUUCGCUGCAGCGCGCCCGGAGCGCUCGUGAACGUCAUAUUCCAGCUUCCGGUAAUUCCGCCAGCUCUGGCGCUGCUGCCACUGCCAGGGUCGCUGGUGGGCAGUCGUGGAGUUGCGCGCAUCCUCCAAAAAUUGCUGCGUCAUCAGUCGCUGAUUCACUGUACAGCCGUUCGGUGCCAGCGGCUUCUGGCAGUGGUUUUCGCUUGCGGUCCCCGGAUCGACAUCUCGGCGAGCAUCUUCAGCAGCAUCGCGAAUUACGGCGCUCGCCUUCGCCAGCACAUCGAAGAAGCAAUCAGCAGCAGCAACAGCAGCCAGAACUUCCGGGCAGCGUUCCGGAGUGGCUGAAUCAAGUAGGUUGCCAUCCUUUUCCAGAUGGUGUCACACCGCACAAAAUCAAUUUUUAUUUCUGA